AUGUGUAUAAAUAUAGAUGAUAACAUUGAUCGCAUUUGUUUCAGUUUAGUUUGUAAGAGAUGGUACAAUGAUAGAGAUAAAUAUUUAAUAUUCAACACUGAUAAUAUCAACCUAUUUAAACUUAAAAACACUGUUAUCUUUCAAAAUUAUAAACAAUUCAACUUACCAUCAUAUCAUAAUAUCUUUAUGAAAUCAAUUCAAUCAAAAACUAACUAUACACUUUCUUAUGGAGAUUAUAAUAAAUAUUAUAAAAACUACGAUUAUUAUUAUGAUCAAGUUGAAAAUUUAAAUAGUAUUCCCAGUAAUGUUUCAGAUAUCGAUAUUACAUAUUAUCCACAUAUUAAAAAUAGAGAUAAUGAAUUCAAGAAACUCUAUCGAUUAAUAUCAGAAUCACAAUCAGUAACAAAGUUGAAUGGAUGCAGUACAUUGAAAUAUGGAUUACCAAAGUCAAUCAAAUCUAUUACAUUUUACAAUUUCAAUGAACCACUUGUUAAAGGAUCACUUCCCAAUUCUUUGGAAGUGUUGGUUUUCGAUAUUUAUUUUAAACAAGAGCUACUACCAGGUGUACUUCCAGAUGGUUUGUUGUCAUUGACUCUAAACAACUAUCCACAUGAAAUUCAAGCAGGUGUAUUUCCAGAUGGUUUGUUGUCAUUGACUCUAAACAACUAUCAACAUGAAAUUCAAGCAGGUGUACUCCCAUCAACUCUUAAAUGUUUGACUCUCUUUGACGUUCCAGUUAAAGGUGUUUUACGAUAUUCAGAUGAAUCAAUUUCUUGGGAAGAUAGUGUAAUAACGAAAUGUUAUAUACCAAUUUCAUGGUUACAAGCAAUAUCAUCUCUUGUCAGCCUUGAAUCACUUGAUAUUUAUAUUUCAAAAUACAACAAAGACGAAAAUGUAUUCAAUCUUAAAUACCUCCCACCAAACCUAAAAUUUCUCGAUAUUACGAUACCAAGUGUCAUACUGAAAGGAACAAUGCCAACUUCAUUGAAAACACUCAAUCUUGUUGAUAGUAGAUUUAAUAUCGAUGAAAUAUUCCCAGAGACAUUGCAAUAUCACUUUGAAUUUUUUGAUUAUGAAAAUGAUAGAAUUCUUAAUUUUCCAUCAAAUAUAAAGAUCGAUCUAUUGUUCAUAUCUGGAGAACUAAGAGAAUCAACGAUAUCUCUUCCAUCUGGAAUUAGUUCAAUCAACAUAUUUAGUGAAUUAUCAAAUUCAAGUUCAAAGAUAAUUGAAUUUGGUGGAGAUGAAGAUACCGAUCAAACAUGUCCAUUAACAGAACUUCGACUCCCAACAUUCAAAAAUGGAACUCCUAAAUGUAAACUACCAAACACCAUCCAACAUCUGGAUAUUGGCAACAACAUUAUCAAUGAUAUAUUACAUUUAAUACCACCAACACUCAAUACUCUUGAAUUUAGCAAACUAUCAAAAUUCAAUACCAUUCCAAGUACAAUCAAAUCAAUCACCAAUAUCAUUCGUAGAUUUGACUCAUUCACCAGACAAACUAUUAGAAAGUUGGACGAUAAUUAUUCUUUAGUCUGUGAUGAAAUUGAUAAUCAACAAAACUUCAAAUUGGUUGGUGUUAACUCGAUAGCCAAAUUAUCUUCUUGGUCUUAA